GCAGCCGCAGCCGCUCUGGUUCCUGUCUGUCUCCGUCAUAUAUCGGGGCUCCCUGUCCGAUACUGCUGCAGUUGCUAGCUGCUUAGCAAACUUUGAAACAAAGUUACUCUAUAUAGUUCGGCGUUUUUUUAUUCAGAAGAUUAAGCGUAACCUUAAAAGGGAGUAUACAACAUGCCUGCAGUCUCAAAAGGUGAUGGGAUGCGUGGCCUGGCCGUGUUCAUCUCUGAUAUCAGGAACUGUAAAAGUAAAGAGGCAGAGGUCAAGAGGAUAAACAAAGAACUGGCCAAUAUCCGUUCCAAAUUCAAAGGAGACAAGGCUCUAGACGGCUACAGUAAAAAGAAAUACGUCUGCAAGCUGCUCUUCAUCUUUCUCCUGGGCCAUGACAUUGACUUUGGACACAUGGAGGCCGUCAACCUCCUCAGCUCCAACAAGUACACAGAGAAACAAAUCGGUUACCUUUUCAUCUCAGUGCUGGUGAACUCUAACAGCGACCUGAUCAGUCUCAUCAACAACGGCAUUAAGAAUGACCUGGCCAGCCGCAACCCCACCUUCAUGAACCUGGCCCUGCACUGCAUCGCUAAUGUGGGCAGCAGAGAAAUGGCUGAGGCUUUUGCCUCUCAAAUCCCCAGCAUCCUGGUGGCAGGGGACACGAUGGACAGCGUGAAGCAGAGUGCAGCGCUGUGUCUGCUCCGGCUCAACAGGACCUCGCCGGACCUGGUGCCCAUGGGGGAGUGGACAGCACGAGUAGUGCAUCUGCUCAACGAUCAGCACCUGGGUGUAGUGACAGCAGCCACCAGCCUCAUCACCACUCUAGCCCAGAAGAGUCCCGAGGACUUCAGAACCUCCAUCUCUCUGGCUGUGGCCCGGCUCAGCAGGAUUGUGACCUCAGCAUCCAUCGACCUACAGGACUACACAUAUUACUUUGUUGCUGCGCCAUGGCUGUCUGUCAAACUGCUACGCCUCCUGCAGUGCUACCCUCCACCUGAGGAUGCAGCGCUGCGGAGCCGCCUGACAGAGUGUCUGGAAACCAUCCUCAACAAAGCCCAGGAGCCCCCCAAGUCCAAGAAGGUCCAGCACUCCAACGCAAAGAAUGCUGUUCUGUUCGAAGCCAUCUCCCUCAUCAUCCACCACGACAGUGAGCCCACCCUGUUGGUACGAGCCUGCAACCAGCUGGGCCAGUUUCUGCAGCACAGGGAAACCAACCUGCGCUACCUGGCUCUGGAGAGCAUGUGCACGCUGGCCAGCUCCGAGUUCUCUCACGAGGCGGUGAAAACGCACAUAGAUACUGUGAUCAACGCUCUGAAGACUGAGCGAGAUGUGAGUGUGCGCCAGCGAGCCGUGGAUCUGCUCUACGCCAUGUGUGACCGCAGCAACUCCAAGCAGAUCGUGGCGGAGAUGCUGAGCUACCUGGAGAACGCCGACUACUCCAUCCGAGAGGAGAUAGUGCUCAAGGUGGCUAUCCUGGCAGAGAAAUACGCUGUGGACUACACUUGGUACGUGGAUACCAUUCUGAACCUCAUCCGCAUCGCAGGGGACCACGUCAGCGAGGAGGUGUGGUACCGAGUCAUCCAGAUUGUCAUUAACCAAGACGAUGUCCAAGGAUACGCCGCAAAGACCGUCUUUGAGGCACUGCAAGCUCCAGCCUGCCACGAGAACCUGGUGAAAGUGGGGGGUUAUAUCCUGGGAGAGUUUGGAAACCUUAUUGCUGGUGACCCCCGCUCCAGCCCUCUGGUCCAGUUCAACCUGCUCCACUCUAAAUUCCACCUGUGCUCCGUGCCCACCCGGGCCCUGCUGCUUUCCGCCUACAUCAAGUUCAUCAAUCUGUUUCCAGAGGUGAAGCCCACGAUCCAGGACGUGCUGCGCUCAGACAGCCAGCUGCGCAACGCUGACGUGGAGCUGCAGCAGAGAGCCAUCGAGUACCUGAGGCUCAGCUGCAUCGCCAGCACCGACAUCCUGGCCACAGUGUUAGAGGAGAUGCCGCCGUUCCCAGAGAGAGAGUCCUCUAUCCUGGCCAAGCUGAAGAAGAAGAAAGGCCCCAGCAAGGUGCCCGACAUCGACGAGGCCCGCUGGAAUGUCAACGGCAACACGGAGCACAGCGAGAACACGGAGCCAACCAACAAGGCCCCCAGCCACCCGUUCACAGACCUGCUGAAUUUGAACUCCAGCCCUGCAGCCGGAGCCAGUCUGUUGGUGGACGUCAUGUCAGACCUCUCCACCCCCGCACCCACCACCACCACCACCACCCCUGCAGCCACCGAUGUGUGUGAGGAACACUUCUCCAGGUUUGUUUGUAAGAACAACGGCGUUAUAUUUGAGAACCAGCUGCUGCAGAUUGGACUGAAGUCUGAGUACAGGCAGAACCUCGGGCGCAUGUACGUGUUCUACGGCAACAAGACAUCCUCCCAGUUCCUCAGCUUCUCCUCAUCAGUGACCAGUAGCGACACGCUCAAGACUCAGGUGAACAUUCACACUAAGCCAGUGGACCCCACAGUAGAAGGGGGGGCUCAGCUCCAGCAGAUCCUCAACAUCGAAUGUGUGACAGACUUCUCAGACGCGCCGGUACUUAGCGUCCAGUUCAGAUAUGGGGGAACUCUUCAGAACAUUGGUGUGAAACUCCCUGUGAUGCUCAACAAGUUUUUCCAGCCCACGGAGAUGACGUCACAAGACUUCUUCCAACGCUGGAAGCAGCUCGGAGUUCCUCAGCAAGAGGUCCAGACCAUCUUCAAAGCCAAACACCCCAUGGACACAGACGUUACCAACGCCAAGAUCUUAGGCUUUGGGGUUGCUCUGCUCACUGGGGUGGAUCCUAACCCUGCAAACUUUGUUGGAGCCGGAGUCAUUCACACCAAGAGCACUCAGGUGGGCUGCCUCCUCAGGCUGGAGCCCAACCCACAGGCAGAGAUGUACCGCCUGACGCUGAGGACCAGCAGGGAGUCGGUGUCUCAGAGACUGUGUGACCUCCUCUCUGAGCAGUUCUAGCCUCCUCACCUUCUCUCUCACUUUAGUUAGCAACUGAUGUAUUGUACAGUGUAAAUUCUCUUUUUUAUUUUCCCUACUCCACAUGUAAAUGAAGUGAAAUGUAUUUUCCACACGUAGCUUUACUAAUGCGUCACUGCUUUAAACCUGCCUUGUACUUUGUGUGUGUGUACUCACACUGAGCACCCCUGUCCUGAAUGUGUGUGUGUUUGCUGCUCACUGCCUUUCUUAGUCAGACAUUGUGAAGAGUUUACUAGGACCCAUAAUUCGAGUUAUUUGACAAUCCAGUCUAUAAAGCUCAAUUAUCCUCUUAUAGGACUGUAUAAUUAUAAUUUGAAGCCCUCAUUAAUAUUCAUAAUUAUAAGGUACUCUAAUUGCUUGUUGUUUGCUUUGAGUGAAGUUACAAAGUAAUUAAAUCUAUGCAAAAACAACACACUAAACCUAAGAUGAAUUGUAACUUGGAGCAACCAAUGAGCUCUCGGAGCCCUUUUUAAUCAUGUUAUAAUGUGCAACAGCUAUGAGAUUUAUAAUUCACUACACUCCUUGAAACAACACAAAAUAUAGGUAUAAGUCAUUAUAAAAUGUAUGAUGACAGCAGGACUUUAAACAGUGCUACAUACUAAUAACACAUAAUUAGUAUUUGUUCAAAUGCAUUCUUUACAAAUGAUCAGAACUUUAAAUCCAGUUCUGAUCAGAGUUGUCUUCAAACACGCUGCACAGAGGCUUUCCUCCUCCUCUCCCACACUUUGCACUCGCUGGAUAAAACGGUUAGAGCACAGGAGUACAUCAGAUGGAUUUAAACGAGAACAUUUCACUUACUGUCACCUCAGGAGGAAAAACAAAGCUUUAUAUUGUGAUACUUUUUGGAAAGUAAAAAAUAGCCUUUUCUUUCCCGUGGUGGGAAUAGUUUAGCUUGUUUGUGCUGAUAAGUUUACACAGAAUUUUAGGUGGUUGAUUAGAAUGGCAAAAAAAACAACUAGGAAAUUGAUCCAUUUUUGAUAGUUAUGAAAUUCAAUGUCUAAUAUUGGUAUCUACUUAACUCCACACAGCUGUGCCAGUUUCUUAUUCUGUCAACAACAGAACAAGCUUUUAAAUACGGAGUAAUGAUACAUAAAUAUACAUACAUGUAACCAUGCCACACAGUUCACUGCCACACUAUCACACUACUACUCUCACCUAAAUGCAUUUGUUCACUGCCCAACUAGUCGUUGUUCUAUAUUUCAACAGUGUAUUUUCUGUUUUAUUAAAUAUACUUUUAUAAUCCUUGACGGCAUAUCUGAUGCUUUGCUUCAAAGACCGGCUCUUUCUAAAUGUGAAAAACAUCUUCUUCCCAUUUCUAAAGCAGUGUACAAAUUAAACAAAGCAAUCACAAAACAUUUACAAUUGACCCCACAAAAAACGGUGUACAUUUUACACUGCUGUUUGUAUCCAUUAACAAAAAGGACAUUUAACAUGUUUUGCUACCGUUGCACUGAGCUAGGCUAGCUGAACGCUAAGCUAACUUUCUCCUGGCUGUAGUUUUAUAUCUGACAGACCGAUAUAAGAGUGACUUUAAUCCUAUGAGCAAGAAAGGGAAUAAAGGUACGUUCAUGGUUCAUAUAUAUUGAUGAGAAUUACUAAACAGAAUGUCGGAAAAUAUCAGUGACAGUUUUGCUGUAAGGACGCCUUCCUCUGGACCUGAGAAAUUGUCAUGUUUUGACAACGGCUGCGAGCACAUGGCCCAAAAUAAUGUUUCACACGGUGAUGGUCACGCUGUGCCUUCUGCAGCAUCUUUCUAGAAAACAAAGGGAUUUAAAACAGGGUAAAGCUGUACACAAGUGGACCAGAACCGCUGGUGUUCUUCCUACCCUGCUUUGGGUACAGUAGCAUGGAAAGGUCAGCAUGUGUAAUGUUGGAGGAACUAACUACAUUUUGAACUUUUAUUAGCUUGCUGGCCGGAAACACCACUUCAAUGUGAAAUUACGCUUCUGUUAGCUAACCUAUUUGCCAUUGUUGUACUCUUUAUAAGGUCAUAUAUCUUUUUAUGUAGUGCUUAAACGUAUAUAAAGUAUCAGUAUGGCAUUAAAAUGUCAUAUUAGACGUAUUAUGCAUUUUGUUGGUUUGUGUUUUUACGUUAUUUGAGCCCAAGCCAACCCAGAGAAAUGUGUAGUUUUCUGUAAUAGCAUCAUACCCUCUUUAAAAUAAGCUUGUUCAAAGCCACUUUAAAACCUUUAUUUUCCCACAGAUGUUGUUUUAAUCAAGUCCAAUUUUACCUAGUUACUGGAUUUUCUCUCUCUGAUUAAGGAAACGAUAACAUUUACAGUUUAGGCCUGUCUUUACUCAACUCUCAAACUCGAUGCUUCCUGCACCCUGAGGUACAGUGCUGUUCAGGUGCAGUAAGAUGUGAUGCUGAACUGUACUGUAGACAUGAUCCUGAACAGUGCAUUAACACUUUGGGUCCUUGGUACUUUAUCUAGCACACUGUGUUUACUAUUAGUCGAUCAAGUUGUCUCAAUGCUGAUGUGUUCUGUGCCUUCUGGGGUGUGUUUAGUCUCUGCACUUGAGAAGAAGAAAAGGUUGGAUAUCUUGUUUCUAUUUAAAUGUAAUGUCAUUUCAACAUCAAAUAAGUGUUUUUAUGAAUAAAGAAGUAUGCCUUUGUAAACACA